AUGCAUACAGUUCAGCGUCACAUUGACUGGCCUGAGCUCACAAACCAUUCCAACUCGUCACCAGACAUUCCCAUCUGGUACUACAAUGUAGAGGAAGCCCCAUCACUCAGUGGCCACAGCUACACCAACAUACACCAAGUCCGUGCCGCCAAAUCGGCCUUGGCCGAUAUCACUGAACUUCCGGGCAUCACGACCGGGAACAAAAGUAUAGCAGUGCUUGCCCCUUACAGCGCCGCCGUUGCCUAA